GGUCGGCGCAACCUUUAUUUGGGCAGCUUUGUCCACGACAACUGUGUUCAAGAGGGAGAUAUCUGCCUCUUUCAGCCACUAGCAAAGGUUAAGGAAGAAAAGUUCACAGUAAUUGUCCAUCUGCUUCACAAAGAGGGCAUUCGUCGUUCCUCUGGUGGAAGAGCUGAUAUGGCACACACGGCUGCUGAAAGAAGGAUAUGCGCAAAGACGGCGUUAACAGCCUCUGUUAAGGAGGAACCGGCUACCGAUGGUGAAGAUACGUUAUCUUUGGGAUCUGAAGAGGAUGGAGGCAAUUCUGAGGGAGCUUCUGAGACCCCCUUCAUAUUGCCAGACAGACCCUUUGUAACGCCAGCACAGGAGCAGAAAGUGCGGGAGAAAGUAGAAGCCAUUGACUCGACAGUACCAGUUUACGUCGCGAUCCUGAACAGGUCCAAUGUUCGUUACGACAAUUUCACCACCUUCCUAACAUUUGGCGCAAAGUACGCAUCAAGGUAUCUCAACAAGAAUUACGGUGCUGGGCAUCACGGAAAGAAGAACAUGAUCAGUUUGGUGCUUCAGCGGGAGGGGAAGAGCAGGACGUGGAACACGGAGCUGCAACGCAGGGUGGAUCGGACGUCGAUCCUCAAAGGAUGGGCGUCUUUCGCCCGUGGCAACCGCCUGCGGGAGGGUGACCUCUGCCUCUUCAAGUUAAUGGAAAGCGUGGAACCGCUGAAGAUGAUGGUGUACAUCAUUCGCCGUGAGAAGUGCUUAGCUUGAUGCAUGGCUAGUCUCUUAUCUAGAAUCUGGGAGUGGAAAACUAUGUGACGUAUCUUUAAACUGGGUCGGAGAGGAAGCAGCUUAUUUAUUUAUCUACCGUCAGAGGUUACCUCAGUAUCUUAUUAGUUCUGUGAGCGUUUUGUUAUCUAGAGCAACUUUGGAUGGGCAAGUUGGAACAACUUAUUAUGUGUUGCUGAUAUUUCUGUCAGCGCUUCAACUUAA